UGUUUACGACAUAUAACGUGAACAACAUUUAUUUUGCACGCGACCGCAUGGUUCCCAAGAUCCAAUCAAAUAAUCCGUUUCAAAAAUUUAGAACCGCCCACUACAUUUUUCCCCAUAUAUAAACAGCCCACGCUUCAGGAGCGGUCUUUUUUCCUGCAAAUUCCAAGAACGAGAGGUAGACAGUUAAAUUUUUAAAAGUAUACAUUUAGAAAAUAAAAUGUACAUGUUUAAAACUUGUAUCAAGAUCGACUGUUAUUUUAUUGUUACUUUCGGAAGAUGUUCAUUGUAGUAUCUAUCCAAAAAAUAAAUUUAUUGAACGCUCUAGAUGUAGCUCAUUUAAACUAAGUCUUGCUUUACAGUAUAUAUUUGAAUACGCGUCAUCAAGGUGACGUCAUAUUUAUAAAUGAGCCGCGCCGUGAGAAGGCCGGCGGGGUUCUUUUGCGACCGGAUCGGGUCCGGGCCGGCCUUCGCGUCCGGGCGGUCUUGUCUGGCUCUAUGGUGUUCAAUUUUAAAGCCUGUAACAAUUAGAGAAACCGUCAGCGAAAGAAUGGGUCCUGGGCGGGCUGGUCUGGGUCGUUGCGGGUCGCGGGGCCACUGUGUUGGUUUUUUCUUGGCGCGGCGCAAAUAAUAACUAUAAUAAAAACAAAAACAUCAACAGAAAACAUGGUAGCUUUACGAUCUGAAUUCCUCUAAACUGAAUAUUAAUUUUUUGUUUUGCUUUUUUCCAUAACCUAAACAAACUGAGCAUGCCUCCACGAAAACGGGCCCGGACAUCACAAAGAGCUCCACAUGCAUCAUCAUCGGAUGGAAACAAGGGUCCAUCGGAUCAAGCGACACCGAAAUCUGGCCAGACAAAAAGUCAAGAAACACCACCGUCACCGCCGAAUAGGAAACGUCAGCAGACACAGCCGGCACCGCCGAAUAGGAGCGAAGGUCACGUGGACAGCCCGGGACAAUCAGUUAAGCUGACCAAUGUUUGGAUAAUAGGGUCCUCCCUAAUAAAAGGAGCGUACCAUAGACUAGCCUUUAGACCGGAUGGCAACAGUUUAGGUUUGCAACAUUAUAAUGUCAGGAUCACGUGGGAAUUUCUCAGUGGCAUGAGAAUUAGAGAUAUACGCAGGUCUGUACAAUAUUUACUACAAUUUAAAGAUGAACCAGACAUGAUUGUCAUUCAUUGUGUGGAAAUGACAUAGGCACCAAAUCCACUUGGGACAUAACAUUCGAAUUCAAAAUGUUGAUAACUGAUUUCCUGCAGCCAUUACUGCCCAACACUAGGCUUAUCUGGUCACAAAUUCUUCCGCGCAGAACCUGGCGUUAUGUACCAUACACACCAACUGCGGAAAACAUUAGAAAACGUAUCAACAGUUCUCUCGCAACAUUUGUUAUUAGAAACGGAGGUGGCUAUAUAAAAUACGCUGACAUUUCUUUAGAAAAACAAUUUUUUUCACACGGAUGACACUCAUUUGUCAGAACUUGGAUACGAUAUAAUGCUUAAUACACUGUCUUCUGCUCUGUACAAAAUAAUAAAUUAAAGGAGAGAGAGUAUAUGCAUGUACAUAGUGUUAAUCUAACUAAGGAAAACUGACUGUUGUUCUUGUUCCCUUUUCUGUUCAUCAGUCUAACGCAGUUAUAACUCUGGUUUUGAUAGUUUAAUAAUAAAAAUGUUUGGCAAAAUUUCAAUUAAUAUAGUCCGGAUAAGCUAGCAAUGGCCAUGACCGGUUAUCUUGUUAAUAUCCUGCAGAUUCAUGCUAGUCCGCAGAUUUUGGCGGAAGGCUCACUCUUUAGCUAGUCUAAAUCGCGCCCCUUUUUGGCAUAAUACUAACAUGCAUCUGCAGAAUGUAUUCUGGGAUUUUCUACCGUAAUCGGGGAAAAUCUUAUUUUAUUAAAAUAUCUAUCAUUCAGUCAUGGCCAAAUUAAUGCCAAACCUUAGCUAAUUAAAAACGUAAAAAUGAAAA